CGGCGGCAGCUGGGCCCCGGGGCAGCAGGGGCGGCGGUGGUCCGAGCUUCACCGAGCCUCGGAGCCGUGACCUGCGCGUGGACCCCGCGCUCUGCGGGCUGCUCUCCGGGGACAAGCGCAGCUCGCGCUCGCCGAGGCUUUGUCACUUGUCUCCAGCUUCACUGGCGGGCCGUGGCUGCGCGAGCCUCCGCGCUUGCCCUUCCCGCCCCGCGGAUCCUCCUCCAUCCCUUAGCCGGGGCAGCCGGAGCCCGAGCGAAGAGCCGCGGAGCAUCCUUCGCCCGCCCCGGCCGCGCCACCGCCCAUGCUGCAGCCAGUUGGGGGCGGCGACCCCGCGGCCGGAGCCCGCCGCUUGGUGAGCUCAGCCUGGCCCCUGCGCGCCGCCCGACUCGGCCUCGCUGAGCCCCGGGCCCCGAAGCGGGACCUGCGCCCCGCGAUGGCUCGGCUGGCGCAGCGCCGCGCCGGGUGCCCGCCGUCCGCCCGCUGAGACGCGCCCGGCUGGGCAUCGGCGGGGUCUGGGCGCUCCCCGCCUUCGCCUCCCCGCCGCGCCCUUCCCCCUUCUGGGGCUCCGCUGCUGCUUCCCGGGGGCGAGGGCACAGGGGGCCGAGACAAAGCCCACUUUGUGCGGGGACUUGGCCGCGGGCGUGGAAUGUGCGCGUCGGCGCGCGCCCCCUCCCCGCGCCCCGCUAGCGGCGGGUCUUGGCUCCCGGACUCAUCACCUCGGAGAAACCGCGCCCCCUCGCCGCCCUCCCGUCCGGAGGUCCCGGCUCGGAGCUGAGGCGGCCUGGAGUCCCCUCGGUCCCCCCCGGGGCGCGCGCAGGUGGGAGCGUGCGAUAUUUUGUAGAGGAAUUUGUCGUCUCCAAAACUGGGACCUGGGGCGCGCAGUCGGCGUGGGCACCCGUGCCUUGACCCUUUCUGUGGCCGCAGGUCUGAGCUGUCCGGCCUCAGUUUCCCUCUGAUUUUUCUCCUCUCUGCCAGCCCAGACUGCUGCCUGUUAUUGUUCUCGCUGUCAGAUGGGGGUGCGUUGUGAAGGCUGCCAAGUUGGGGUGUGUUCGCUUUAUCCCGUUUUUCAAACAGAACGAGGUCUCUAAGGCCCGCCCAGGACAACCACCCCCUCCGCCCUCCACUUCACGUGGAGGCACUGAUUUUUUUCUUAUCUAGUAGUAUUUUGUUGUACAGGAGCCACGCCCUGGUUUCUUAAAGGCGCCGUGCACUCUUUUUUGGCCAUGUGUUAUCUCUGCAGCUGGUGUGUGGGAGGCCUCCUGUGAGCCACGUACUUUUUCCUGCCUCCUGACACAUCCUCCCACCCCGGUCAAGGAUUUGGGGAUGCCAGCGGGGAAGAAGGUGGUCGGGGGUGGCAGCAGCGGUGCUGCCCCCACUGCCCUUGCGGCCCCCUCUGGGCCCAGGCGUUUGGAAACCAACGAAGGGGCGUCAGCCCAGAGAGAUGAUGAGCCAGAGGAGGAAGGAGAAGAGGACCUGCGAGAUGGAGGCAUCCCCUUCUUUAUCAACCGGGGUGGGCUGCCUGUGGACGAGGCCACCUGGGAAAGGAUGUGGAAGCACGUGGCCAAGAUCCACCCCGAUGGAGAGAAGGUGGCCCAGCGGAUCCGUGGGGCCACGGACCUGCCCAAGAUCCCCAUACCGACUGUGCCUACGUUCCAGCCCUCCACGCCCGUCCCUGAGCGCCUGGAAGCCGUGCAGCGCUACAUCAGGGAGCUGCAGUACAAUCACACAGGGACACAGUUCUUUGAAAUUAAGAAGAGCAGACCUCUGACAGGGCUGAUGGACCUGGCCAAGGAAAUGACCAAAGAGGCUCUGCCAAUCAAAUGCCUGGAAGCCGUGAUCCUGGGAAUUUACCUCACCAACAGCAUGCCCACCCUGGAACGCUUCCCCAUCAGCUUCAAGACCUACUUCUCAGGGAACUACUUCCGCCACAUUGUGCUGGGGGUGAACUUCGGGGGCCGCUACGGGGCCCUGGGCAUGAGCCGGCGCGAGGACCUGAUGUACAAGCCGCCGGCCUUCCGCACGCUCAGCGAGCUCGUGCUGGACUACGAGGCCGCCUAUGGGCGCUGCUGGCACGUGCUCAAGAAGGUGAAGCUGGGCCAGUGCGUGUCCCACGACCCGCACAGCGUGGAGCAGAUCGAGUGGAAGCACUCGGUCCUGGACGUGGAGAAGCUGGGCCGAGAGGACUUCCGGAAGGAGCUGGAGCGGCACGCCCGCGACAUGCGCCUCAAGAUUGGCAAAGGGACUGGCCCUCCCUCCCCCACCAAGGACCGGAAGAAGGAUGUGUCCUCCCCACAGCGGAGCCAGUCCAGCCCCCACCGCAGGAACAGCCGCAGCGAAAGGCGGCCUUCGGGUGAGAAGAAGCCUUCUGAGUCCAAAGCCAUGCCAGACCUCAACGGGUACCAGAUCCGAGUGUGAGGCGGGUGGCAGCGCCCCGGCCUCGCCACCUCUGGAGGCCAGGAUCCAUCUGCCAGAACCAGCCUCGCUCGCUCGUGGGGAGGGAGGGACAGGUGAUGGGGCAGGGCUGGGGCAGCAGGAAGAGCGUGUCCGAGCUCAGCCAGCCAAGCUGCUGCCCCUCCUGCUGGGCCAAGCCUCCUAACUUUGGGCUGAGAGGCAGUUAGUAUUGUAUUUGGAGUUUUUAACUCAAUAACUGAAGUUUAAGGUAUUUGGGAAAAACUUAAAACGAAUGGAUCUGCCAGUGGCUAGAAGGCCAGUGCUGAAGAGAUCGAAGUGCCACGGGGCUGAGCAAGGAGGGGUUACUGGCUCUGCUGGUGCCCCUGCUCCUGGCAUCUCUCCGGGAUUUAGGUCCAUCCUAUCUGUGGAAACCUCCCAGCCCCACUGGUCCUGUGGCAGGUGGGGGGGCAGGGGGUGGAGGUGUUUCUCCAGUCUGCCUGCCCUGGCAGAAUCUUGACCCAGGGAAACGGAAGCAGGGUAGGAAUCAUACUGGGAAAGGUCUGUGUGGCCCAUAUCUAGAGCUUAGUACAGGCCAAAUCUGCCCCAAGCGUGGGAGCCCCUGGCCCGGGAGAGCCCCCUGGACAGUGCUGUGUGUGCUGACACUGCCUACUGGCACAGGCCCUUGCUGGGGUGGGCUGUAGGAGAGCCCAGGAGAGAAUCACAGGGGAAGAGUUCCUGGGCCCCUACCCGGUCUCCUUGCUCAGCCCACCUCUGCCUAUUGCUGAAGCCAGGGGCUCCCUGCAGAGGGGCUAGGCUUUGCCGAGGGCCCAGAGUUGCACUGGGCUCAGCAUGACUUGUGGGGACUGAACAGACCUGGGGGGUCCAGGAACCGUGGCUGGGGAUGCAGUGGGGCACUCAAGAGCUGGGUCUGUCCCCUGGCGGUCCUCGGGGGUGGGCACUGCUGCUCCCCUCUUUCUGUUACCUCAGCCCUGGCUGGGGGAAUGCAGACCAGACGAGGAUGCUUGCACCCCGGGCCUGCCUCCUCUCAUUUAGCAGCCCAUCGUUUGGGGGUCCCAAGGAUGAUCAGGCCUGUUGCAUGUGGCUCCUCAGGGAAGAUCCUAAACAGCUGGAGUCUGCACAGGCUGCACGUCGGGCAUGAGAUGCAUGGUGGGCAAGUGAGAGGCUGUAGAGAAAGGUUGAUGGGGCUGGGGAAGGUUCUGGAGGCUUAAGCAACAAGGAGGUGUAGGGCAAAGGUGCAGUGUGGCCAUGGAGGAGGGGCAGAGCCCGAGAACUGGGAGGUGUAAGUGAGGAAAGGAUGUGGGGGAGAGUUAGAAUAAGGCUGCCUUGGGGAGUAGUGAGUUCCCUGUUGCUGGAGGUAUUCAAGCAAAGACUAGAUGGCUACUUGUCAGGAAGCUAUAGAGAGAAGUCAGGUUAUGGAAGGGUAGCUGGGUGAGAUGACCAUUAGGUUUCUUUUUACUGAGAGGCUCUGAUUCAGCCAGGGGCAGCUGUCAGUAAGGCUGCAGGGGGCUGGGAGCCUGGAAAAGGGACGAUCAGAACUAGAGUGGUAAACUCAAAUGCCUACAGGGCCAGGCAGGUGAUUAAAAGGAGGGCUACAGGGCUGGGUGGGGACUGUGGCCAACUAAGGAGAGCAUACCCCCAUUAAAGUAACCGCUGCUGCUCAGCUGUCCUCAGAGUACAGGCCCUGCAUUGCCAGAUUGUCUGAUUGGUUUCAGAGGCCAGAACUCUGAAUUUUUAGGCGAAAUAUCCUGAUUUUGAAAUGUUGGCAAUCAGUUCAGAAAAUUUAAAAACCCAACGUGAAAGAGAAUGCCAGUUUGUAGUCUCUGAAGCCGAGUGAGCUUGUGCUGGGGAGAAGUCCACAGAGAUGCUUUGAGGUGGAAAGUAUGAGAGUUCUAGGCUUCCCAGAGCAGGCUGGGCCAGAGCAGGUUCCUUGCCACAGAGGCCCCUCCCAGAGUGGGCAGCUGCUCCCUGUCAUCCUCCCCACUCUCCCUGCUGACCAGAGACGUGUCAGAGACCCCCUGCGGUUGCCGUGUCGCCAGAGGGGGUGGAGUGGAAUAGAGAGAGUACAGUUCUCGGCCUGCCAGGGAGAUGGAUGGUGCCUGAGAAGCAGAGAAAGCGGGGGAGGGACAGGAUGCCUUGGCUGAUGCGAGUGCCUGUCAGGGGAGGCACCAGGGGCUGGCAGCGCUUCAAACCACCAGCUCCUGGCCCAGAGCCAGGCCCAGCAGGGAGGCCAGCUGGUCACUCCCCGGCCUCACCAAGUUCCUCACGGGGUCAGCGGGCCCUGGGGAGGUGCCUGACCUUCCCCCCGGGCCACACCCCAGCCAGACCACUCUGAGGGGCAUUGUGACCCCUGACUCAUCAUCCCAUCCCAUCCCAGCUUUCAGGGAGUACAGAUGGUGGUCCUUGUGUUUCCACAUUUGCCUGAGGUAGAGAUCACUCACUUUGGGAGGCGUGAGGCUGAAAACGAGGCCUUUUCUGGGUCUGAAAUUGGGUGCCCCCUGCAGGCUGCUCAUCUGCAGGGGAGUGGCCCCAGAUGCCCCAGAGGAGGAGAGAGGUGAGAGGGAGCUGGGAGCUAGGGUCAGGGAGACAUGGGGAAGCUGCUCCUGUAUGGCAGCCUAGGCACGCUCUGACCCACAGGCUCCUUCCCCGCAACCCCCUGGGGAGAAGGAAGCUGAAUGAAGCCCCAACCCCUACUGCUGUCUGCCUGGGAGGGAGCUGAUCCCCCCAUGCUGAUAAUCCCCUGGCACUCCCCCUCCUAGCUGAGACCUCGGCCUGUGGAGACCACCACAGGAGACAGUGGUGCUUCUUAAUUUAUUUUUAACUGUUUCUCAUAUGUAGCAACUUCUCCUCCCCUCCCGGGCGUGUUUACACAGCUCUGCUCCCCAGGGCUGGCCUGGCUGCAGAGUGUCUGGGGAGGCAGAGGCAGGACUUCGGGGCCUUAGUCACCAUCCUCGGCAUCACCUCAUCUCACUUCCUGUGAGGGACAGGGGCUAGGCAACCGCCCCCACAACCCCCCACUCAACUCAGGACUGCCUUCCAGCACUUGGCGGGUGGGGCUGCCAGCUGAGGAGGGGCCAAGGUAAGGUCAGAGAAAGCUGCUUGAUGGUGGGUCGGGGUGAGGGGUGAUCGCAUGGUCUCCCCAAAGCCUGGCUCCUUGUGCUCAGUGCUGGGUCAGAACACUGGGAAACUGGGUUUAGAGAGUCUUCCCACCCACCUAACUGCCAGUCCUCUCCCUCCCAUGGCCUCAACACCCUGUCAUAUCCCCCUGACCCAUCACGCCAGCCACCCCGUCCUUCCUGGGCGUGGCCAAGUGGGGACAGCAGUAGCCCCUGGCCUGGGGCUACGAUGAUGAAGCCUAGGGCUCUGAGCACAAGAGCCAGCCCAGAGAGGUUGGCCGUGUCUGGUUCCCGUCCUUUCUGUCAUCUCAGGCCCCACCCCUUCCAGCUUGGACUUGACUUACUGGCUCUGGGACAGUCUGAUUCUGGCCAGAGGCGUGCCCAGAGGCCCCUGUGCGCCUGGUUCUCUGCCUGGGAUGUUUUCUGUCUUGGCUGCAGCAGCAUCCCCAGGCCCACCCUCUGGCUUCAGAAUGCAGGGAGGUGCGAGCUGGGCCUGCAUAUUGACUGUUCUUUGUGCUAGAGCUCGACUGUGUUGAAAUCCUCACUUCCCUUGUUCCCACUGAGAAACCAGUGUGAAGGGCAGGGAGCGUCCCCUGGAGGAGGGUGUGGUGGGAGGCAGAGGUCUGCCCAGGGCAGGCACGGCUGCCCGGCUGCCCGGUGCUAGCUGCAAGUCCAUCAGUAUUGACCCCUCUCGCCCCAUCUUGGUGCUCCGGAGUCCCAAGUUUCCCUGCUUCUUCAAGUCUGACAAGAGAAGAACCAGGGUGCUUGGCCCGGGGACCUGGUGAUGGGGCCGCCCCCUCCCUUAAGCUUUGUGUUGGGCUGUAUGUGGUCCUAGACUUUGUUCUCCUCAUAUCAGUAUUGCCCUCCCCUUUCACUUUUACACUUCGUCUCAUUCCUGUUCUCACUCUUCCCCUGAAAUGAAUAAAGUCUCCCCAGCUCGGCUGUGUGGGCUGGGUGGAAAACACUACAUA